CUGGGACGCGCCCUGUACAUACUGUCCACAUCUUUUGCAAGGUCGUUGUUGGAUGUGCUUGGUUGGCGAUCCCGCGCCUUCGGUGACCGUUCUGUCUUCCCGCAUCCCGGACUCUUACCGGAUGCCUUUCUUUUUAACGUUGCUUGACCAUGAGCUUCGGCGUCGGCUUGCUUGACAUCGUCACUGUACUAAAGAAGUGCAAAGACAUCUACACUGCCUUCAACAGUGAGUACGAGAGCGCUCCAGCACGAGUCCAGGAGCUUGCCGACACGUGCCGUUAUUUGACCAAUGUGUACAACGAUGUACGAGCGGUCGACGGCGGCGCGUUCCCGCAAGAGUUGAACCAAACAUUUGGGCGUAAGCUCGAGGAGUGCAACGACUUUCUCAGCAAAUACCGCUCUCUCAAGAAUGAAUAUCUGGCCGAACAGCGGUCGGUGUCCAUCACCGACCGCAUGCGAGACCAGUGGGAGAAGGCCUGGCAGACAGGCCGGUACGCAGCGUCAGGGAAGACUGCAAAGGACCUGCGGGAUGCGCUUGAACUUGAGAUCAACAAACUCCUUUUGUUCAUCAUGACAUCGAUGCGGAAUCGUGUCAACAACCCAAUGCCGCUAAUUGCCUCCCGGGAUCUCGUUGCAUCGCCAGGCUAUGAUCCGAGAUGGAUUGAGGGUUUCUUGGGGCGCCUGCAGACCAUCAGUUACAAGUGUCUACUCCGACAUGAAUAGGCUCUGGAAUGAGCUAUGUGCCCGCGCCGGUUUGCCCGAGUCUUCGCGGCUAGCGAUUCCCAUCGAUCGACUCCUGAUGGCGCCAAUGCGGAGCAGGACCGAUGCCGUCAUUGAUGCCACGAGGCCUUCGGUGCAUAUCUCGCCUUAUGCGCCGUUGAGAGAGUUGAGCGACUUUGUCUAUGAGGCUCCGCGGCCGCGGCCAGGUCGUUGUGAAACGCUGCAAUCGGAAACGGGCCUGAACUCGGU